UUGAGCAAUCUCCUUCAGCUGUUUGGGUAACAGGAAGUGACGAAGCUGCACUAGAAUCAGGUCGGCGGAUUGUUGGAGAACACUAGCGACAUCUCAGUAAGAGUCACACAUCUGCUCAUCCCUGUCUGUCACCCAGGGAGCUUGUUCUGAUCACCUGAGCCUAUUUUAUAAACGGACAGACUUCGGACCAAACAGAAGAAUUCCUUCAGGGGUACUAUUACAAAUAAAGAAACUCGACCUUAUCUUUGAGAUACUCAGCGGAGGUCCGAAAAAAGCAGCGGGAUAAGGACAUUUGUCUCCGUUACAUAAGGUUGCUUGAACCAGAAAAGGAUGGAUUAUGUCGAUAAGAAGAUUGUACAAUAUUCCCCAAAAGCAAACUGAAACGUUAUAUGGGGCCACUGCUGAAAAUUGAUCCUCAUCCAGAGGAGUGGAAACCCAAAACCUGAGCCAUGGGGGAUUAUUACGAGAUCCUGGGUGUGACACAAAAUGCAUCCCAUGACGAUAUAAAGAAAGCGUACAGAAAAAAAGCACUGAAGUGGCAUCCAGACAAAAACCCAAACAACAAAGAACAGGCAGACAAAAUGUUCAAAGAGAUCUCCGAGGCAUAUGAAGUCCUGUCAGAUGAAAACAAACGGAGACAGUAUGAUAAAUAUGGUAAAGAAGGCCUAUCUCAUAGAGGAGGCCAUUAUGAUGAGGAUUUCAUGGGUGGAUUCACGUUCCGAAAUCCAGAUGAUGUCUUCAGGGAAUUCUUUGGAGGCCGAGAUCCAUUUGCAGAUUUUGCAGGUUUCUUUGCUGAUGACCCCUUUGAAGAUUUCUUCGGUGGGCGGCGUCACAGGGGUGUUAGCAGGAGCAGGACGACAGGUUCAUUCUUUCCUGGGUUUUCUCCAUUUGGUUCCCCCUUUUCUGGGUUUGACGCAGGUUUCACCCCGUUUGGCCCAAUGGGUGGGGGGGGCUUCACCUCGUUUUCCUCCUCCUCAUUUGGGGGUGGUGGUGGUGGAAUGGGAAACUUCCGCUCUGUCUCUACAUCCACCAAAUUCAUCAAUGGAAAGAGGAUCACCACCAAACGUAUUGUAGAGAACGGUCAAGAGAGAGUGGAGGUUGAGGAGGACGGUCAGCUCAAAUCUCUCACAGUCAAUGGUAUUUCUGAUGACAAUGCAUUGGAGGAAAGCCGCAGACAGAAUGCCCUCACUGGCGCUGCCCCAUACAACCGUUACCUCCGAAAUGUGGCCCAGAACCCUUCAGAGGAGGAGGAGGAGGACAGAGGCCUGCAGAAUCUUGCCAGAGGGAUUUUUGACACCAGGAGAAAGAAACUAUUGCUGAAGGAAUCAGACACCAAAAAGAAGCGGAUGCCAAGAAUGGCUCCUCGGAUUGGAGUGUGGUUCUAACAUUAUUUGCAAUAUAUAUACUGUAU